AUGGAGACCAGCAGCACACCUCAGAUUACACUUACAAUGGUGACCACAUCACGUUUUUCUCCUUCCCCAAGUGGCUCACCUCCUGCACAGACAACGUCCCAGGGGACAUCAACUCCAAAAGAAACACCCAACCACUCUACCUCCAGUGUCACCAGCACCAAACCAACCAUAUCAGAGGUGUCAACGGCAGCAUUCUCUACAGAUUCCACCUCAAGGAAUACUGAGACCACAUCACCAUCUUAUUCUCAAAGUUCCGUACCUGUCAAUACUGAUGUCUUCAUGACUAAUUCACCAAAUGUCCUGUCAACAGUGACAUCACCUAUCACCGCUACUAGAGAAUUGUCAACAUCUCAGAAAGACCUCCCUAGGAACACAGAGACCAGCAGCACAGGUCAAAGCACAGUCACCGAGGUGACCACAUCAUCUCUUUCACUUUCCACCAUUGGCUCAACUGCAGCAGAAACGGUGUCCCAUGGGAUUUCCUCUCCAGAUGAAACAACUGUCCCCUCCAUUUCUGCAGUCACCAACACAAUCCCAAGCACAUCAGAGGUGCCCUCCGUGGCACUCUCUACAGAAUCUGCUCCUGGAAGCACAGCUUCAGACAUUAUCCAAAGCUCUUCUGUUACUGCCACAGAAGCCUCAGUUACAUCUUCACCACGGGAACUUUCAACAGUGUCAGUUCCCAUCACCUCUAGUCAGGAAUUGUCAACCUCUUCUCACAAUGACCACACUGAGAGCCUGGAGACCAGCAGCUCAUCUCAAACCCCCCUCACAGAGAUGUCCACACCAACUCAUUCACCUUCCCCUAGGGGACCCACUGUGGCACAGGCAGGGUCCCUGAAAACUCCCACUUCUGAUCAAACAACCUCUGUGUUUGGUCACACCGUGAGCAGUUCACCUCCAAGUAUGCCCUCCUCUGAAACCCCCUCAGUAGACACAGGACACACAACUGCUGUAGUUACUCCAAGUUCUCCAUUUGCUGCCUCACAGUUCUCAAUGACAUCUUCACCACAGGAACCGUCCACUGUGCCAACACCCAUCACUUCCACUCAGGAACUGACUACAUCUUCUCUGAACCUCCAUACGGGAAGCAAGGAGACCAGCAGCACACCUCAAAUCACCCUCAAAGACAUGACCACAUCUAGUUUUUCUCCUUCCCCAAGUGAUUCAACUCCUGCCCCAACAGUGUCCCCAGGGACAUCAUCUCCAGCUCAAACAACCAAUCUUUCCACUUACACCAUCAUCAAUACAAACUCAACCACAUCAGAGGAGUCAACAGCAGCAUUCUCUACAGAGUCCUCCUCAGGAAACACAGAGACCACAUCUCUAACAGUUUCUCCAAGUUCCACAACUGUCAGUACUGAUGGGUCAAUAACAAAUUCCACAAAUAUCCUGUCAACGGUGACAACACCUAUCACUGUUACUCAGAAAUUGUUAACAUCUUCUCAGAACCUCUACACCCAAACUUUGGAGACCAGCAAAACAGCUCAAUCCACACUCACAGAGGUGACCACAUCAUGGUUUUCUCUUUCCCCAAGUUUCCCACCUCCUGAACAGACAGUGUCGCAAGGUACAUCAUCUCGAGAAGAAACAACCAAUUUAUUUACCUCCAGUGUCACCAACAUCAAACCAACCAUAUCAGAGGUUCCAACAGCACCAUUAUCUACAGAUUCAACCUCAGUAAAUACUGAGACCACAUCAACACCUUUUAGUCAAAGUUCCGUACCUGUCAGUACUGAUGGCUUACCGACGAAUUCACCAAAUGUCCUGUCAACAGUGACAUCACCUAUCACUGCUACUUGGGAAUUGUCAGCAUCUCAGAAUGACUUCCCUGGGAGCACAGAGACCAGCAGUACAGCUCAAACCACAGUCUCCGGGGUGACCACAUCAUCUCUCUCACCUUCCCCAAGUGGUUCAACUGCAGCAGAGACAGUGUCCCAUGGGAUUUCCUCUCCAGAUGAAACAACUGUCCCCUCCAGUUCUACUGUCACCAACACAAUCCCAACCACAUCAGAGGUGCCCUCCGUGGCACCCUCUACAGAAUCUGCUCCUGGAAGCACAGCUUCAGACAUUAUCCAAAGCUCUUCAGGGACUGCCACAGAAGCCUCAGUUACAUCUUCACCACGGGAACUUUCAACAGUGUCAGUUCCCAUCACCUCUAGUCAGCAAUUGUCAACAUCUUCUCACAAUGACCACAAUGAGAGCAUUGUGACCAGAGGCCCACCUCAAAAUUCCAUAACAGAGGUGUCCACAUCAACUCAUUCAUCUUCCCCAAAGGGACCCACUGUGACACAAGCAGAGUCCCAGAGAACUCCCACUCCUGGAGACACAACCUCUGUGUAUGCUGACACCAGGAGCAGUUCACCUCCAAGUCUGCCCUCCACUGAAACACGCUCAGUAGACGCAGUUCACACAACUGCUGUGGUUACUCCAAGUUCUCCAUCUGCUGCCACACAGUUCUCAAUGACAUCUUCACCACAGGAACCGUCCACUGUGUCAACACCCAUCACUUCCACUCAGGAUCUGACAACAUCUCAGACUCUGCACACUGAAAGCAUGGGGACCAGCAGCACACCUCAAACCACACUCACAGAGGUGACCACAUCAACUUUUUCACCUUUCACAAGUGGCUCAACUCCUGCACAGACAGCAUCCCAAGGGACAUCAACUCCAGAAGAAACAACAAACUUAUUCAGCUCCACCAUAAUCAAUACCGAAACAACCAUAUCAGAGGCUCCAACAGCACCAUUAUCUACAGAUUCCACCCCAGGAAAUACAGGAAUCACACCCCCAAGAGCUUCUCCAAGUUCUAUACCUGUUAAUACUGAUGUGUCAAUCACGAAUUCACCAAAUGUCCUGUCAACAGUCACAACACCCAUCACUGCGACUCAGGAAUUGUCAACAUCUUCUCAGAACCUUCACACUGAAACCAUGGAUUCCAGCAGCACACCUCAAACCACACUCACAGAGGUGACCACAUCAACUUUUCCACCUUUCACAAGUGGCUCACCUCCUGCACAGACAGCAUCCCAAGGGACAUCAACUCCAGAAGAAACAACUAACUUAUUCAGCUCCACCAUUACCAAUACCGAAACUACCAUAUCAGAGGCUCCAACAACACCAUUAUCUACAGAUUCCACCCCAGGAAAUACAGGAAUCACAUCCCCAAGAGCUUCUCAAAGUUCUAUACCUGUUAAUACUGAUGUGUCAAUCACGAAUUCACCAAAUGUCCUGUCAACAGUCACAACACCCACCAUUACUACUCAGGAAUUUUCAACAUCUUCUCAGAGCCUCCACACUGAAACCAUGGAGACGAGCAGCACACCUCAAACCACACUCACAGAGGUGACCACAUCACAUUUUUCAACUUCCCCUAGUGGCUCAACUCCUGCACAGACAGUAUCCCAAGCGCUGUCAUCUCCAGAAGAAACUACGAACCUCUCCACCUCCAGUGCCUCCACCACCAAACCAACCAUAUCAGAGGUGUCAACGGCAGCAUUCUCUACAGAUUACAAGUCAGGAAAUACUGAGACCACAUCAUCAACAUUUUUUCAAAGUUCCGUACCUGUCAGUACUGAUGGCUUACCGACGAAUUCACCAAAUGUCCUGUCAACAGUGACAUCACCUAUCACUGCUACUGUGGAACUGUCAACAUCUCAGAAUGACCACCCUGGGAGCACAGAGACCAGCAGCACAGCUCAAACCACAGUCACUGAGGUGACCACAUCAUCUCUCUCACCUUCCCCCAGUGGCUCAACUGCAGCAGAGACGGUGUCCCAUGGGAUUUCCUCUCCAGAUGAAACAACUGUCCCCUCCAGUUCUACUGUCACCAACACAAUACCCAUCACAUCAGAGGUGCCCAACACAGCACUCUCUACAGAAUCUGCUCCUGGAAGCACAGCUUCAGACAUUAUCCAAACCUCUUCUGUUACUGCUACAGAAGCCUCAGUUACAUCUUCACCACGGGAACUUUCAACAAUGUCAAUUCACAUCACCUCUAAUCAGCAAUUGUCAACAUCUCACAAAGACCACACUGAGAAAAUUGUGACCAGCAGACCAUCUCAGAACCCACUCUCAGAGGUGUCCACACCAACUCAUUCAUCGUCCCCAAAGGAACCCACUGUGACACAAGCAGAGUCCCAGAGAAUGCCCACUCAUGGAGAAACAACCUCCCUAUCUGAUCAUACAAUGAACAGUUUGCCCUCCACUGAAACACCCUCAGUAGAGUCACGGCACACAAGUGUUGUAGUUACUCCAAGUUCUCCAUCUGAUGCCACACAGUUCUCAAUGACAUCUUCACCACAGGAACCGUCCACUGUGUCAACACCCAUCACUUCCCCUCAAGAACUGACAACAUCUUUUCAGACUCUGCACACUGGAAACCUGGACACCAGCAGCACACCUCAAACCACACACACAACAGUGACCACAUCGACAUUUUCAACUUCCCCAAGUGGCUCAACUCCUGCCCAGACAGCGUCCCAAGGGACAUCAUCUCCAGGGGAAACAGCCAGCCUGUCUUCUACUGUGAUCCACACAAGCCCAGCCUCAUCAGAGGUGCCGACAGCAGCACUCUCUACAGACUCCAACUCAGGAAAUACAGAAACAACAUCUUCAACAGUUUCUCAAAGUUCCACACUUGUCAAUACUGAUGUCUCAAUGACAAAUUCACCAAAAGUCCUGUCUACAAUCACAACACCCAUCACCAUGACUCAGGAACUGACAACAUCUUCUCAGACUCUGCACACUGAAAGCAUGGGGACCAGCAGCACACCUCAGACUACACUCACAAAGGUGACCAUAUCAACUUUUUUAACCACCUCAAGUGGCUCAACUUCUGAACAGACAGUGUCUCACGGGCCAUCAUCUCCAAAUGACACAAACAACCUAUCCACUUCCAGCAUUAUCCAUACAAAUCCAACCACGUCAGAGAUGCCAAAGGCAUCAGUCUCUACAGUCUCUAGCUCAGGAAAUACUGGAACCAAAUCUCCAACAGUUUCUCACAGUUCCACAUCUAUCAUGACCAACAUCUCAGUGACAAGCUCAGCAAAUGUCCUGUCAACAGUGACCACCCCCAUCACCUAUACUCAGGAAUAUUCGCCAUCUUCUCAGAGCGUCCACACUGGAAGCAUGGAGACCAGCAGCACACCUCACACCACCCUCACAGAGGUCAUGCCAUCAUCUCAUUCCUUCUCCCCGAGUGUGCCCACUCUGACACAGACAGUUUCUCGGGGAACAUCCUCCUCCAGCAAAAUAACUACUCCAUCUGCUUCCAGCAGGAGUAACCCACCUCGAGCUACACCAGACAUAUCAACCUCUCCAGACUUCACCUCAGGGCCUACAUCUGCACACGUCACUGGAAGCCACGGUAUUGCCACAUCAAGAGUUCCAAACACUACUCUAGCUGGACAAUCAACAAUCCUAACUCACAGCACCUCUACGCGGCUGUCACCUACAUACUCUCAGAGUUACCGGACAACCAGCAUGGCGUCCUCCAGCACAUCUCAAAAGAGCAUCCUCACAAAGCCGACCAAAGAAAACCACUCAUCCUCUUCACCUGGACCCACUGUGACAGACACCCGUUUCCAUGGGACAUCUUCCUCAGGAAUGACCACAAGCUCCCCGAAGACAGACAAUGGCAGAGGCACAUCGCUCUCUGCUACCUCCUUGACCCUUACCAUGCCCAGCACAACCACAACCUCCAGGUCAACAGUGUCCCCAAUCCCCAUUUUACCAGAGCAGGGCAUUCCCCUCUUCCCCUACGGGACAAGCCCUGAAGUUGGAGACCACCGGUUGUUUGCCAGGACUGUGGAUUUUACCUCGCCCCUCUUCAAGAUCCAGAUUGGCUUCCCUCUCGGCUCCUCUCUUCGGGAUUCCUUCUAUUUCACAGAUAACGGCCAGAUCAUUUUUCCAGAGUCAGACUACAGCAUCUUCUCCUACCCCAACCCACCUCAAGGAGGCUUCACAGGAAUGGAAAAGGUGGCCUUGGUGGCCCCAUUCUGGGAUGAUGCUGACUUCUCUAGCUCCAGGGGAACCAUAUUCUACCAGGAAUACAACACACUUCACGAUGAAAACAAUGAGCUCAUCAGGAAGGUGGAGACUUUGAUUCGUGAGUUCACAAGUGAUUGGAGCUACAAAGCCAAGUGGACAUUGAAAGUCACUUGGUUCAACGUUCCUGCCUAUCCUGCCCAGUGGAACUAUGGGACCAAUACCUACCAAGCCAUCCUCUCCACAGAUGGAAGCAGUUCCUACGCCCUGUUUCUCUACCAGAGUGGUGGGAUGCGCUGGGAUGUGACCCAGGGUCUGAGCAACAGAGUCAUCAUGGGCUUCUCCAGUGGAGAUGGGUAUUUUGAAAACAGCCCGCUGAUACUCCGGCCAGCAAUGGAGAAGUACCGUCCAGAUCGAUUCCUGAAUUCCAAAUUAGGCAUCCGGGGGCUGCAGAUCUACAGGCUACACAAGGAGGUGAAGCCCAACUACCGGCUCAAGUGUCUGUGGUGGCUGGAGAGCCAGCCUCGGUGGCCCAGCUGGAACUGGGGCUGGAGCUGGGGCUGGAGCCAGCUUUCCUGCCCUUGCUCCUGGCAGCAGGGACGACGGGACUUGCGAUUCUGGCGCAUGAACACAGGUUGGCAGUAUGGCAGUGACAGGCAACUGUGCAGCUUCUCCUCUGGGCGAGGGGGCGUGUGCUGCAGCUACGGCCGCUGGGGAGAGUUUCGGGAAGGCUGGAGAAUGCACAGUCCUUGGCAGUUUGAGCAGGAGCAGGAGGCACAGAAGUGGUGCUGUCAUUGGAACGACAAGCCCUCCUUCUGUGCCCUGUACCACCGCGCCCGGCCCCGCCUUAGCUGUGCUACAUACAGACCCCCGAGGCCCGCAUGGACAUAUGGCGAUCCCCACAUCACCACAUUGGAUAAUGUCACCUACACUUUCAACGGACUGGGGGACUUUCUGCUGGUCCAGGCCCAGGACACAAAUUCCUCCUUCCUGCUGGAGGGCCGCACUGCCCAGACAGGCUCUGCCAAGGCCACUAACUUCAUUGCCUUUGCGGCUCAGUACAACACCAGCAGCCUGGCUUCCCCCAUCACAGUUCAGUGGUUCCUGGAACCCAAUGACACAAUCCGAGUUGUACACAAUAACCAGACCGUGACCUUUAACACCAGCUACACGGAUGAAGACUUGCCAAUGUUCAAUACCACUGGUGUCCUCCUGACCCGAAAUGGCUCCCAGGUUUCAGCCAGCUUUGACGGAACAGUGACCAUCUCCGUGAUUGCUCUCUCCAACAUCCUCCAUGCCUCCUCCAGCCUCCCCGAGGAGUACCGCAACCACACGCAGGGACUCCUGGGAGUCUGGAAUGACAAUCUGGAAGAUGACUUCAGGAUGCCCAAUGGCUCCACCAUCCCUGCCCACAGCUCUGAGGAGACCAUUUUUCACUAUGGAAUGACAUGGCAAAUCAAUGGGACAGGACUGCUUGGGGUGAGGACAGACUCUCUGCCUUCCAACUUCACUCCCGUCUUCUUGUCUCAACUGUUGAACACCUCAAAUGAAGAAGUGACCUCUGGGUGCCACGGAGACCCACAGUGCAAGUUUGACGCCUUGGCCACAGGAAACACAACCAUCGGACAAUAUACCAACAUGAUCUUUGAGGCAUUCCAGCUCGUGAAUGGCACUCUCAAUCAGUACCCGCCCUCUAUCCACUGCCCCAGCCAGAUUCAAGCCUACAAGGGGUGGACGGAGAUCAUUACGAUCACCAGCGACUCUAAGGAUGUCACAUUCAGCCUCACCAAUGAGUGUAGUGGCUUUAAACUCUCUGAUAAAGGGAGUUUGCUGUGGACACCAGCACUUCCAGAAGCAUGUACCCUGGAGAUUCUAGCAAGGGACGCUAGGACUCAUUUGUCAUCCGUAUUCCAGCCCAGGACUGUGGCUUGCUUCUGCAGUAUGGAGAGGCAGUGUUUGUACAACGAGACCCGCAGGGAGGGCAAUUCUUCCCUUGAGGUGACCAGCUGUAAGUGCGAUGAGGACUCCUUUGGCCGCUUCUGUGAACGCUCCAAGAACCUCUGUGAGGUUCCAUGCUUCCCAAAGGUGACCUGCAUUCCUGGGAAGGGCUGUGGGCCCUGCCCUCCGAACAUGACUGGAGAUGGGCGGCAUUGUGCAGCUCUCGAAGACUCUUUAGUCUGCCAGAGCCAUUCCUGCCCUACGAAUUACUGCUAUAACCACGGCCACUGCUACAUCUCUGAGGCUCCCGGCUGCCAGCCCACUUGCACCUGCCCCCCAGCCUUCACUGAUACCCGCUGCUUCCUGGCUGGGAACGACUUCACUCCCACCAUCUCUAAAGAGCUUCCCUUGAGGACCAUCGAGCUCUCGCUCAGGGAAAAUGAAAACGCCUCCCAGGCUGAUGUCAACGCCUCGGUGGCAUACAGGCUAGGGACCCUGGACGUGCGGGCUUUUCUCUGGAACAGCCAAGUGGAACUGACGCGAAUCUCUCCCUCAGCACAGCCCUCUGACAAGUCAAUUCAACACUGGCGGGUCGUCUCCCACUUCCAGUACCGUCCCAGAGGGCCUGUCAUCCAUUUCCUGAACCACCAGCUCAUAGACGCUGUGGUGGAGGCCUUCCUCCUCCAGGCUCGGAGUGGGCGGCCGAAGAGGAGCAACCCUGAAGCCAGGAGGAACGUCACCUUCUUCCCCAUCUCCAGGGCAGAUAUCCAUGAUGUGACGGCCAUGAACCUGAGUAUGCUGGACUAUUACUUCCUGUGUGAUGGCUACGAGGGCUACAAGCUGGUCUACAGCCCCCAGAGCGGUGUCACCUGUGUGUCCCCGUGUAGUGAGGGCUACUGUCACAAUGGAGGCCAAUGCCAGCACCUACCAAACGGGCCUCAAUGCAGCUGUGCGUCCUUCACCAUCUAUACAUCCUGGGGUGAACAGUGCGAGCACCUAAGUGUGAAACUUGGAGCCUUCUUUGGGAUCCUCUUCGGAGCCUUGGGAGCCCUCCUGCUGCUGGGGAUCCUGGCCUUUGCAGUCUUCCACUUCUGCAGCUCCUCCAUGUACAAGUUCUCCUACCCUUUGGCCUCAGAACUGUGAAGCCUGGCUCCAGAUGAUACCUCAGGACCCACCCGUCACUCCACCUCUGGUCUAGGGAGACUGGAAAGGGGCUGCUGAACGAAGAGGAUUUGCAAUUCUUCAAGAAUGAAUAAAGAAAUGAAGUCGGACUAUACCUUGGCAGUAGACCAGGGGCGCAGGAAAAGGCCGUGAUGACCAAAUAUAGAGAUGGGUGGGUUUUCACAAAGACAUAUCUGAAAGAAGGACAUUGCCAUGUAUGAGUACACACACACACACACACACACACACACACAACAGAAUUAAUGGGUGAGUGGUUCUACAUUAACCAAAAUAUUUUUACAUAUAAAACUGGCCUACUUCUCAUUAAAAUGUAUUUAAAUAAAGUCUCCAUCUUUUCGUG